GAACGCUUCAUGACUGCUGCAUGGGGGGCCCCACAAGGAAGCCUCGGCCCUGAGUUAGUGUUGGCCCCGCGCUUCCACUCGCCGCCCCGCCGCUCAACCCUCGGAGGCAAGGAGCCCCCUGCAGAGACCCGAGGCCCCUCGGCAAAUGCUGCCUCUUUCGGUUCACCCUGGAGGGUUUUGGCUUUAGAAAUGACCGGAGCUGUUCUUCUGUUGCAAAGAGCUUGGAGAAACCCCAGCUGCAAAUGUCUAGUAGAAACCUCUGGCUUGGCCGAGUGAAUCCUGUGUCCGCCCCUCGCGGCGCUCCGAGCACCCUCAAGAGGCUCUCGAGGCGCACCCGGCAGAGGGUCGCCAUCCUCCAGCUUCGCGGUGUUUUGCACUCUCAGUAGGGCGGUGCAGUUGACGCUCUUGUGGGUGGUUGUCCUAGGGUCUUUGUGGUCGAAAACCACGUGUCUAGUUCUCCACCUUUAUUCGGAAAGUCUCAGUGAAUGGAUUAUUCUGAUGAUACCACUUGAGGUGCGAUGGAGAUGCAGCACUGUGGCGUGCCUGCCUCCCGUCUGAGUAACCAUGGGGCCAGGAGCAGUGGAGAUGGGAUGGUCGCAGUGGGGAUGGGAUGGUUUUCCUUACUCCUCCUUAAUCUGGAAGAAUAUUACUUUGAACAGCAUACAGCUAAUCAUAUAAACAAAGGCUGUAGAGGUGAAAGGCAGAUAAGAGGUUCACUAAAAAUCUGUUCAAAGUCAAUUAUUUUUGAACCUGAUGACAAUAUCCACCCUAUUAUUAAAAUACCAUUGAGAGACUGUCUUAAUAUAGAAGCACCAGAAGACAAUGAAGCAAAUAAGCAUUUUGCAAGGGAGAUACCUGGAGGGAUUUCUAUCACAUCUAAUCAGGUUCAUCUAAUUAAAGAACGAAACAUUAUUGCACCGUACAAAACUGAAAGAGGUAAAAAUGAAUACUUCUUUCAGUUGGAUGUUGCUGGGAAGGUGGAAGAUGUUAUACAGACUCUGCUUCAGCUUUACAGGGCCUCUCAUCUGGAUGAACUGGGAGAUCAGGCUGCCAUGAUAACUGCUAUAUUGCAGUCACGUUUGGCUAGAACAUCAUUUGAUAAGAACAGAUUUCAGAGCAUUUCUGAAACGUUGCAUAUGGAAUGUGAAGCAGAAAUGGUGACGCCAUUAGUGACUAAUCCAGGUCAUGUGUGUGUCACUGAUGCAAACCUGUAUUUCCAACCUCUGAAUGGGUAUCCAAAACCUGUGGUGCAAAUAACAUUGUACAAUGUCCGUCGCAUCUAUAAAAGACGACAUGGUCUAAUGCCAGUGGGACUAGAAGUAUUUUGCACAGAAAAUGACCUCUGUUCUGACAUCUACUUAAAAUUCUACAACCCUCAAGAUCGAGAUGAGCUGUAUUUCUAUAUUGCAACGUAUUUAGAAAACCAUAUUGCAGAACACACAGCUGAAAGUUACAUGUUACAAUGGCAGCGAGGGCACAUUUCAAACUACCAAUAUCUUCUUCAUCUCAACAAUCUAGCUGAUCGGAGCUGCAAUGAUCUAUCUCAGUAUCCUGUAUUUCCUUGGAUCAUAGCAGAUUAUUCUAGUUCAGAAUUAGAUUUGACAAAGCCUGAAACAUUCCGGGACCUUAGUAAACCAAUUGGUGCGUUGAAUAAGGAAAGGCUAGAAAGAUUACUGACACGUUAUCGGGAAAUGCCAGAGCCAAAAUUUAUGUAUGGCAGCCACUACUCCUCUCCAGGUUAUGUUCUGUUUUAUCUUGUCAGAGUUGCACCAGAGUACAUGCUUUGUUUACAAAAUGGAAAGUUUGACCAUGCUGAUAGAACGUUCAACAGUAUUGCAGAAACCUGGAAAAACUGUUUGGAUGGUGCAACAGACUUCAAAGAACUGAUUCCAGAAUUUUAUGAAAAUGAUUCCAGUUUUCUAGUAAAUGGUUUGAAGCUGGAUUUGGGCAAAAGACAGGGAGGAAAGAUGGUUGAAGAUGUAGAACUUCCUCCAUGGGCAUCAGAUCCUGAUGACUUUCUUCAGAAGAGCCAAGAUGCUUUAGAAAGCCAGUAUGUGUCAGAACAUCUUCAUGAAUGGAUAGACUUAAUAUUUGGCUACAAGCAAAAAGGAAGUGAAGCUAUUGGAGCUCACAAUGUGUUUCAUCCAUUAACCUAUGAAGGAGGAGUUGAUUUGAACAGCAUUAUGGACCCAAAUGAGAAAGUAGCUCUGCUGACACAAAUCUUAGAGUUUGGACAGACACCAAAACAAUUGUUUACAGUUCCUCAUCCCCACAGAAUAAUACCAAAGUUCAAAAGCUUGUCUCGAACAUCUAGUCACUCUGUUUCCAUAACUGAUUCUCCAGUUUCUCCAGGUGAGGAAUCUUUUGAAGAUUUGACAGAAGAAAGCAUAACACUUGCAUGGAACAGUAUUGCCAAAUUAAAAUUAGAUGAGCAACAUAAAAUUCACAAAGAGGCAAUUACUGGAAUAGCAGUCUCUUUCAAUGGGUCUUCAGUAUUUACUACAUCUCAAGAUUCAACUUUGAAGAUGUUUUCUAAAGAAACAAAAACGCUUCAGAGAAGUGUAUCUUUUUCAAAUAUGGCCUUGUCAUCUUGUUUGAUCUUGCCUGGUGAUACAACUGUCAUAUGUUCUUCGUGGGAUAAUCACAUCUAUUUUUAUUCAAUUGCAUUUGGAAGACAGCAAGAUGUUCUAAUGGGACAUGAUGAUGCUGUCAGCAAGAUAUGUUGGCAUGAUGAUCGCUUAUAUUCUGCAUCUUGGGACUCCACUGUGAAGGUGUGGCAGUGUGUUCCUGCAGAGAUCUUGGGCACUAGGCGACAUAGUUUUGAAUUGCUUGCUGAGUUAGAGCAUGAUGUUAGUGUAAAUACAAUCAACACAAAUGCUGCAAAUACAUUGCUGGUGUCCGGAACCAAAGAAGGCACUAUUAGUAUAUGGGAUGUUACUUCCACUACUGUGUUGCACCAACUUGCAUGUCAUUCAGGGACUGUGUAUGAUGCUGCUUUUAGUCCUGAUAGCAGACAUCUGCUCAGCACAGGAGAAGAUGGCUGUUUUAAAGUUAUAGAUGUACAAACUGGAACGCUUAUCUCUUCUUUGAGUUCUGACCAGCCACAAAGGUGCUUCAAAUGGGAUGGAAAUACAGUCCUGUCAGGAGGCCAGUCUGGUGAAUUACUGGUUUGGGACCUUCUCGAAGGAAAAGUUAUUGAAAAAUUCAAAGGGCAUGCAGUAUUCCGGCUAGAGUGUGCGUAUAUGGAUGACUGUUCUCCUCUGGAUGGAGUAUUGGGCCUGCUUGUGGUUGGGCUGCCCCUUAUAUUUAAGAUCUGGACAUAUGACACCACUACUAUGAAGUGCUGUAACAUCUAUGUGGAUGAAUGAGCAAUGCAACAAUGUGAUCACGGGAGGGGAAGACAGACAAAUCAUGCUCUGGAAACUGCAAUACUAAGUGCCUUUCCCCUCCAGCUAUUUAAACAAAUGCUUUCAAGUUAUAUUUUUAAACCAAACUUUUUAAAGGAACUUACCCAUGUGCAAUGAUGGCUACUGAAGUUCAACCAAACAAAGCUCUGUUCAGCUAAGGCUUUCUAGUUCAUGGUGACUUCAUUAGAAGUUCUUAAAUGCUUAUUAUAAUUUCCAUUCUGUACUUAUUGGUUUUUCAUGAUGACUGUCAUAUAUCUCAGAUUAAAUGCCUGUCUCUGUAUCCUGAGAUGCAAUUAAAGAUGUAUUUUCUGUAAUUAAAGAAAUCUUAACUUGCA